AUGCAGGAAGAAGAAGCUUUACUGGAAGAAUAUGAACGAAUUGAACAGAAUGAAAAGAAAUUUGCCAGAGAACGUGAAAAUCUAUUGAAAUUACUUAGCUUUCAAGAACUUGCUCAGCCUAAGCGAAAGAAAUCACUUCUCAGUGGGCCAACAACUCCAACGAUGGAAGUUGGGAGUUCAAACUUCCAUACAUCCGCCGAAAUACCAAAAAAGAAUCGUCGCACAUCGGCUUCUUCUGUUGGUUCAGCUGUUAUAGAAGCAGAAGUUCAUAAUGCCCCAAUAGCGGCCCGGAAGGAGAAGUUCCCACAGGGUGUAGUAGUAAGAAGUAGCAAGAUCCCGUUGCCUAAACAAACAAUGAUAAUUAAAGUACAAAAGACAUUACAAGAAUUUGGAUUAGUAUGUGCACGGUGGGUUGAUUUACAAAAAGCUAUACAAACACUAUUGGAUGUUAAGAAAGCAGUUGAAAAGGCUGAUCACGAAUUGAAAGCCAAAAAAGCAUUACUUCAAAAGAUAAAGCAAAAUGGGUUGGGAAAUGCAUCCAAGUCAACAAAUGUUGGUGACGCUGGAGGAAAACAAUCAGAUGUUACAACUAGUGUUACCGAUGGUGGCGGCGGUGACGAGA